AUGGCAAGCAAGCAUAGGAAAGGCACACUUUUGGUUCCGGUUACGGAAAUUCAGGGAGAAGGGGGGGUUUUCCCCUCUAGAGAUCUUUUUUCUUAUGCCAAUGGCUGUUUUGGCAUUUACUGGCGACCCCUACUGGGCGCCUCUGGGUCAGUUACUCACUCACAUAGAGCAGAUGAUAGAGAGAUACAGCAUUGCAAAAUUGAAAUGAGGCCAAUUUGGUCGCAAUCCGGCAUUGCUAACUCGAGUGGGUUGCGACAUGUUUUUACAGACAAGGGGUUUAUUUUGGUAAGUCUUGACGCGAGUCACAAAAGCUGGUGGCUUUUUGACAGAUUUGGCCUCAAUUGA